GUAUUCUCCAGAAGAGCUGUAUGAAGUUAAGAUCUAUGCCUCAUAACAUUUUUGUAAACCACCAAAGCAACUCUUUUUGUCGUUUGUUUUUUAUUGAUUUAUUUUGGUCAGUCAAUGUAGGCGUUUCCUUUCGUGUGAUAUCACUUAACGUAGGAGUAGAUAUCGAACAUCCUGAAAACUCAAAUCCUGCAUUUGCAGAUCACAAAAGUUUAAUAUUUCAGUAUUAUCAUGUUUCUUCACAUUGAAUGUUUUUCUUUUCUUCAAUAACUAGAUUUAAUUAUUUGGGGGAUUAAUUAUCUGUGUGUCCCUCACAAUGCCUAGUAGAGCGGAUUGCUUGCAGUACUACGUAUUUUAAAACCUGAUCGAUUUUUUUCAAUGGUUUAUCAAUUAGCCUUACUUUAACCAUAUUCACACCGUUGUUUUAUCUUGCUAACAGCAGAGUACAGUAAGGUAUGGGUACACUCAGUAGUCCAGUCCCAGUCUUUGGUAGCUUCCUUAAGCCACACUUUCCUUUUCCUAAGUAGUGUCAUGGAAAUUUGGAUGUUGUACUCAUUGGAAGCAGCCUAAUUCUAAUUAUGGAGCAAUAUUGGCUUCAGGUUCUAUGAAAAAGAGUAAGUACUGUCAUAUUUUGAUCCCUUGUAGUUUUCAAAGUUUUCCCUUUUAAUCUUCUCAUUACCUUUCUUCAAAUGAAAUCUUACCCAGGCACUUAUGUAUUACUUAGACACACGCCUUUUCUGAAGGGAGAAGGUGGAGUAAAAGAUGACAGUCUGGAGCCCCACCUUCACCCCUCCUUCCUCCUCAUUCCCCAACCAGAGGGCACAGCUUGAAUAUCACUAGAACUCACCUAGUUUAAAAAAUCCUUUUGUAAAAGCUUGUUUUAUAAUACCUCAUUUAGGAACUUUGUUUAAAAAUAGAAGCAUUUUAGUUUACAAGUGGAUUUUAAGUACAAAGGAAAAUGCUGUGGAAUACGUUUCUCAUUUCAGCAAUAAAAGAGUUAAUGUACUAAGCAGCAGAGACUGAGAUACCGCUAUGGGAUAGUGCUUUCUGUCUCUGUCAUUUGUGGCUUAAGAAAAGGGGGUGGUGUUCUGCAUUUGAAAGGACUUUAAUGAAUGCUGUCAGUGUUUGUGAGACCUAAUGGUCAGUGGGAAAGGGGAGCAGGGAGAGUGGUCUGGCUGCUUCAGGAUAGGCGGAGGAGAGUUUGCUCUGAUUGAACGGAAUGUUCCACCGUGUUUCAUCUUAAUUCAUUAUCCUUUGUUCUUUAAAAUCUGAUAUAUUGGCAUAAAACUAAAUGCAGAGAUAUAUACGUAAGAAUGUGAUUUAUUUUCCUUUAAAUCUUUUUGUUGUGCACAGCAGGGCAUAUACUUCUCUUGUCUUGGUUGGAUGCACAAAUCUGUGUGCAGUGCUUUUUGCCCGUUGCCUAGACGAUCACUUGGUUUCUCUGAGGAUGUCUGGUUCUCGUAAAGAGUUUGAUGUGAAACAGAUUUUGAAAAUCAGAUGGAGGUGGUUUGGCCAUCAAGCAUCAUCUCCUAAUUCUACAGUUGACAGCCAGCAGGGAGAAUUUUGGAAUCGAGGACAGACUGGAGCAAACGGUGGGAGAAAGUUUUUAGAUCCAUGUAGCCUACAAUUGCCAUUGGCUUCAAUUGGUUACCGAAGGUCCAGCCAACUGGAUUUUCAGAGUUCACCUUCUUGGCCAAUGGCAUCCACCUCUGAAGUCCCUGCAUUUGAGUUUACAGCAGAAGAUUGUGGCGGUGCACACUGGCUGGAUAGACCAGAAGUGGAUGAUGGCACUAGUGAAGAAGAAAAUGAAUCUGAUUCCAGUUCAUGCAGGACUUCCAAUAGUAGUCACACAUCAUCCUGCCAUACUAUGGAGCCAUGUUCAUCAGAUGAAUUUUUCCAAGCCCUUAAUCAUGCCGAGCAAACCUUUAAAAAAAUGGAAAACUAUCUGAGACAUAAACAGUUAUGUGAUGUAAUUUUAGUCGCUGGUGAUCGCAGAAUUCCAGCUCACAGAUUGGUGCUGUCCUCUGUCUCAGAUUAUUUCGCUGCCAUGUUUACUAACGAUGUCAGAGAAGCAAGACAAGAAGAGAUAAAAAUGGAAGGUGUAGAACCGAAUUCAUUGUGGUCCUUGAUUCAGUACGCAUAUACAGGCCGCCUUGAAUUAAAAGAAGAUAAUAUUGAGUGCCUAUUAUCUACAGCUUGCCUUCUUCAGCUUUCACAGGUUGUAGAAGCAUGCUGUAAGUUUUUAAUGAAACAGCUUCACCCAUCCAACUGUCUGGGAAUCCGUUCUUUUGCUGAUGCCCAAGGUUGUACAGAUUUGCACAAAGUGGCUCACAAUUACACUAUGGAGCAUUUUAUGGAAGUAAUCAGAAACCAGGAAUUUGUAUUAUUACCAGCCAGUGAAAUUGCAAAGCUUUUGGCCAGUGAUGACAUGAACAUUCCUAAUGAGGAAACCAUAUUGAAUGCACUUCUUACAUGGGUCCGUCAUGAUUUGGAACAGAGACGGAAAGAUCUCAGUAAACUUUUGGCUUAUAUUAGGCUACCUCUUCUUGCACCACAGUUCCUGGCAGACAUGGAAAAUAAUGCACUUUUUCGGGAUGAUAUAGAAUGUCAGAAACUCAUUAUGGAAGCAAUGAAGUAUCAUCUGUUACCAGAGAGACGACCCAUGUUGCAAAGUCCUCGGACAAAACCUAGGAAGUCAACUGUUGGCACAUUGUUUGCAGUUGGAGGGAUGGAUUCAACAAAAGGAGCAACCAGCAUUGAAAAGUACGAUCUCCGCACAAACAUGUGGACCCCUGUAGCCACUAUGAAUGGGAGGAGGCUGCAGUUCGGCGUUGCAGUGUUAGAUGACAAACUGUAUGUCGUCGGAGGAAGAGAUGGGCUGAAGACUUUGAAUACUGUAGAGUGCUACAACCCCAAAACAAAAUCUUGGAGUGUGAUGCCACCUAUGUCCACACAUAGGCAUGGCCUCGGGGUAGCUGUACUGGAAGGUCCCAUGUAUGCUGUAGGGGGACACGAUGGCUGGAGCUACCUGAACACAGUAGAAAGAUGGGACCCUCAAGCUCGCCAGUGGAAUUUUGUCGCCACUAUGUCCACUCCUAGGAGCACAGUGGGUGUGGCAGUACUAAGUGGAAAGCUUUAUGCAGUUGGUGGUCGUGAUGGAAGUUCUUGUCUCAAAUCAGUUGAAUGUUUCGAUCCUCAUACUAACAAAUGGACACUGUGUGCCCAGAUGUCAAAAAGGAGGGGUGGUGUCGGAGUGACAACCUGGAAUGGAUUGCUGUAUGCGAUUGGAGGACACGAUGCUCCCGCAUCCAACUUGACUUCCAGACUCUCAGACUGUGUGGAGAGAUAUGAUCCCAAAACAGACAUGUGGACUGCAGUAGCAUCUAUGAGCAUCAGCCGGGACGCAGUGGGUGUCUGUCUACUUGGCGAUAAAUUAUAUGCUGUCGGGGGCUAUGAUGGACAGACCUACCUGAAUACAGUGGAGGCUUAUGACCCCCAGACAAACGAGUGGACCCAGGUUGCUCCACUGUGCCUAGGAAGAGCUGGGGCUUGUGUUGUGACUGUAAAAUUAUAAUUCAGUGCUUUGUUUUCUAAAUGAAGAUAUCCACUUCCUUUAUUAAUUCAGUACAGUUAUUCUGUCAAUGGAUACACUUUUAGUAAACGUUGUGAUGCCACAUUCCUGGGCACAAAGUGCCUGAUCUCAAAGUGAAGACGUUAAAACAUAGGAGAAAGAAGUGGAUAGAUCAAGAUUAAAUGCUUCCAUUUCUUAGUAAAUUAAAACUACAGCUGAUGGAUUGUGAACAUAUGUUCCUGAUAUGAAAUACAACGACAAAUGCACUUUUCUGAAACAUAACCUGGUGCUAACUGGGAAUUUCACUUAUAGUCAAGUACCUUUUACUCACAUUAACCAGACUUAUUUCAUUAUAGUGUAAACAACCAGAUAAAACUUCUCAGAUGUUGCUUUGUAAGUUUAUCAUACAUGAACUGCAGUAAUAUUUGUUUGUUUGCUUGUUUGUUCAACCACAACCACUACUUUAAUGACAUACUAAAGGUAUGCUAUUUAGUGUUUUCAGAAAUAGCUUCAUCACAUGUGCUUUGGUUGUGGAUUUUGUUUUUAAAAUUGACAUAGUCCAGUGAAUAAGGAAAAACAUUAAAGAGUUAAAGCGACAAUAACCAAAUAAAAACUUGAUAUAUUCUUUGGAGUCUAUUUAAAUAAUCAUUCCAUUACACCUAGAUUCACCAAGAACUACAUUAUGAUAGUCUAAAAUUGAAAUUGUAACAUGACAUUUUGCAUUAAAUUUAAGAUACGCAAAUUUGUGUAGAGAAAAUAAAUGUUAUAUACACUAUAAAGUUCUUUCACCUAAUUAGUAUUUAAUUAUAUGGAUUUAUUUUCUUUUAUAAAAGAUGUUUUGAUUUUUGUCUUUUGAUAUUGACAAUUUUCUUAUGGUCACAAAUUGGUAUUUGCCUCCCUGCCUGUUUUCUUAGGUUUUGCCGCAGUUAGUAAACCAUCGUGUUUCUUUGUAAUCAGACAGUUUUGGGGGAAUGGGCUUAUCAAAUGUUUAAAAAAUAAGUUUAAAGUGUUUGUUACCCAAAGUUUUGUACAUUUGUAAACUCUGAUAAAAUGUGAAUGUUAAUACUCUCAGUGAAUUGUUACUGUUUGCAAAAAUGCACUGGGUAGGUAACAUUUUGUGAUAAAUCCUACAAAGUAAAAGUCA